UUCAUUUGGCUUGAAAACCAAUUGAUAAAUAAUUUUUGUUUUAUUUUUAGCCUUAAACAUUCUAAGUUUCAAAUGCUUAAAAAUUUUCAUCCCAUUGAUCAACAACGUUAUUUUGACCGUAAACAGUUUUCAGCCACGGAAUUGAAUAGAUUUUUUGAUAUUGGUCUCGAAAGCAUUUCUCAAGGAAAGUUAGCCGUGAUAACACUUGCUGGUGGACAAGCUAGUCGACUUGGAUCUUCCCUUCCAAAAGGCGUUAUUAACCUGGGAACUGGACUUGUGGCAGAAAAUGAUUCUCUUCUGUUUUUACAAGCUUGUCAAAUUAGCUAUCUCCAAAAGAAGGCUAAAGGAAGAAUUAUUUGGUUAGUAAUGACGAGCAGAUCGACAGAUGCAAAAAUACGUGAACAUUUGGAUAUCAUCUUGAAAAAGACAAAUUUGGACUGGAAAAAUGUCAUGGUUUUUACUCAAAAUGAAAUUCCUGCUCACGAUUUUGAUGGUCAACCUCUUCUAUCUGCACCUGAUCGGCCUGUUACUUCACCAGAUGGAAAUGGCGGUAUUUAUCAAGCAAUUUUGCCAAAGCUUCCAGAACUUGAAGAAAUGGGAAUUGAAUACUUUCAUGUUUAUUGUGUUGACAAUAUUCUCUGUCGUGUUCCUGAUUUACAUAUGAUUGGCUUUGCUGUUGAUAAAAAGGCUGAUUGUGUUUUGAAGGUAAUUGAGAAAAAGGAUCCUUCAGAAAAAGUUGGCCAUGUCUGCGUUGAAGAUGGAAAAAUUAAAGUAUUAGAAUAUUCAGAAAUUCCAAAAGAACUGGCUGAAAAACGUGAUCCAAAAUUUCCGGAGAAAUUGUUCUUCCGUGCUGGGAAUAUUGCCAAUCACUUUUUUACUCUCGACUUUCUCAAAAAAGCUUGUUUGGAAUUUGAUUCUCUGCCUUAUCAUGAAGCACGCAAACGUAUACCUUAUUGGGAUCCGGCUACUGGAAAAAACGUUCAACCAACUAGUGAGAAUGGCAUAAAGAAGGAACGUUUUAUUUUUGAUGCUUUCAUCCAUUCAAAAAAUUUUAUGGUCUGGCAAGUACCCCGCGAAGAAGAAUUCAGUCCAUUGAAGAAUCCCGACUCUGCAGGUGUUGAUUGUCUCUCAACUUGUAUUCGUGACUUUACCUCUGUUAAUGGAAAUGUGAUUAGAGAAAUGGUUAAAGAAUUUUGUAAGAAGGAAUGAAC